GAGCGAGCGAUAGAGAGAGAGUACACAGCGUUCUAUUUCCUAUAGCCUAACAGCUGCUGGGCCGAGGUUUCUGUGUUGAGUGCAGAGAGACACUGAGUGAGCAAGCGGAGAGGGAGAGGGAGAGGGAGAGAGAGAGAGAGAGAGAGAGGCUGUGUUAAGGAGAAUCCGUAGCCCUCUGGCUCACAAGGAUAAAGGAUUGCAGAAAGGAAGAGAGGGGAAAAAAGCACUCCCUCUCUUUACCUACCAGAGGUUUUGUGUUUAUUUUCUUUGUCCUUCUCUCAAUUUGUUUUAUCCAUCCUUCUUUCACCUCGGGUCCGGCGGAAGGAGAAACAGCACAACCCGGAGACGCUCUCCAGCACGUUCAGCCGGUGGUGGAACUUGAUGCUGUCGUGUGGGUGUUGAGCUGAGAGGCCCUGGUUGAUGCAGUGAAGAGCUCUAUAAGGACAAACACAAGAAACGGAUACGGAAUAACAGAUCACGGCAGAGAAGAGAAGGAGGGAAGGGAGGAAGAGGGAGAGGAAAGAGGGAGGUGACAUACAGACAGAGUGCAGAUAGAAACAUUUGACUGGUGUGAAGGAGACUCAUGGGUAACCUCCUAAAAGUGCUGGCUUGCUCCGAACUAGAGCAUGGCCCAAUAGUUUUCCUUGACUUUGAACAUGCUCAGCCUACGGAGGCAGAGACGGCUGUAUGGAACCAGGUCAGUGCUGUGCUGGAGGAGGCCCACGGCAUCCUGGCUGAACUACAGUCAUACAACGGGGCGGGACAGGAGAUACGAGAGGCCAUCCAGAACCCAGGUGAUCUGCAGUUACAGGAGAAGGCCUGGAACGCAGUCUGCCCCCUGGUGGCCAAGCUCAAACGCUUCUACGAGUUCUCCCUCCGACUGGAAAAUGCCUUGCGUAGCCUGUUGGAGGCGCUGACGAGCCCUCCCUACGCUCCCAUGCAGCACCUAGAGAGAGAACAGGCCCUGGCCAAACAGUUCGCUGAGAUACUCCACUUCACCCUCAGCUUCGACGAACUAAAAAUGACAAACCCAGCCAUUCAGAAUGACUUCAGCUACUACAGGAGGACAAUCAGUAGAAACAGGCUGAACAACCAGCAGUUGGAGGCAGAGAACGAGGUGAACAAUGAGAUGGCCAAUCGGAUGUCUCUGUUCUAUGCCGAGGCCACGCCCAUGCUGAAGACCUUGAGUAACGCCACCACCAAGUUUGUGUCAGAGAAUAAGACCUUACCCAUUGAAGACACCACAGACUGUCUGAGCACCAUGGCCUGUGUGUGUCGCGUCAUGCUGGAGACCCCUGAGUACCGUUGUAGGUUCACCAACACAGACACCAUGUUGUUCUGUAUGAGGGUGAUGGUGGGAGUGAUCAUUCUGUACGACCAUGUCCACCCUGUAGGAGCCUUUGCCAAGACCUCCAAAAUAGACAUGAAGGGCUGCAUCAAGGUGCUGAAAGAACAGCCUUCCAACAGCGUGGAGGGACUACUGAACGCACUGAGGUAUACGACCCGACAUCUAAACGACGACAGCACCUCCAAACAAAUCAGGGCUCUUCUCCAAUGAGAGUGAGAGGAGCAGAGAGAGGGAAGGAAGAUGAGAUAGCGAACACGGAGGGAGAUGAAGAAGAACGAGGGGAGAACAAACUGUGGUGUGCUGAAUCCUGUUUGUUUACAAGAAUGAAAAGCAAAAUGAUCCGGUCUGAUAAGAAGCGCUGAUGAAAAGAACAAGUCUAUGUGUUGCUCAUCAUUCUGUCUCCCAUUUUGUAAAAAAGAAAAUGAAGGAAGAGAAACUAUAGAGAUAUAUAUUAAAGAGAAAAAUAGCGAAACAAAAAAAAUAAACAAGUGUUACAAGAUGGAAAUAAGACUAAAGAAGAAGAACAACAAGGAAAAAGCUAUAUUAAUAAGACUAAAGAAGAAGAACAACAAGGAAAAAGCUAUAUUAAUAAGACUAAAGAAGAAGAACAACAAGGAAAAAGCUAUAUUAAUAAGACUAAAGAAGAAGAACAACAAGGAAAAAGCUAUAUUAAUAAGACUAAAGAAGAAGAACAACAAGGAAAAAGCUAUAUUAGAAAAUCUACAGUCAGUAAACAAAACUCAAACAAACAAAAAACUGAAAAUAAACACAAAAAUAUUAAUAUUCCGUACAACAACGUUAGUCUGAAAAAUAUUUUUGCACUGGUGUAGAAUAUAAACAACGCUGUCUGUUAGUCUCUAAGUAGCCGCUGUAAAGAUUUAAACCAGGCUCCAUUACAAACAUUAAAGAAUAAGACUGGGAUUGACAAAACGGCCUGAUUCCAAACCAAUAGCUUGUCCCUUUCCAAAAGUCCUGACUCCUCCAAUCUAAAAGGACUUGGAGUUAUAUGCAGUACAAAUCCAAACAAUCUGUCAGGUAGCCAACAAGGUCCUAGGGAUCGGGAUGAGGUAUUGGUUUGGGACUGGGCACCUGUGUAGAUUAGGCUCAGUCUCUGCAUUGAGGGUCCAUCCCAAUCGUCUAAAGGGGCUUCCUCCACUCCUCACCCUCUCCUCAUUUCCUCUCCUUCAUCUGCACUGAACUGAAAACACAGGUGUUAAGUUAAGGUAAUGUGAUGGAUACAAACCAGAAAUGAGCUCUCACUUUGCUCAGCUCUUUCACAUCAUUGCAGAUGAAGGAAAGUCAGAAAGGAGACAUGGAGGGAAAUCUAUUUUAGCGUAUUGAGAUGCACCCAGACACUCCAUGUUGAUUUCCUCAUCAUACAACCACUCCUAUUGAUCCUAACCCCGCCCCCCCCCCCCCCCUCCCAUCCACUUGCAUCGUAACCAUGGGAGCUGUGGGUGUUCUUGGCACUAGUUACACCGUAUAUGGAGUUGGUGAUUCAGACCUCUUUAUGGUGCCAAAACCUUUUUAUUAUCCACAUUAAAGUUCAUACAACUUUUCAUACAACAAGUGCCAAAGCUACUGCAUCAUCAGAAGGUGAGGAUUGAGUUAAGGAGAUAGUGACUACAACAAGCCUUGUAACACUGCUUGAUAUCUCUCUUUAGGGGGUUAAGGAGAUAGUGACUGACUACUAGAUAUCUCUCUUUAGGGGGUUAAGGAGAUAGUGACUGACUACUAGAUAUCUAUCUUGAGGGGGUUAAGGAGAUAGUGACUGACUACUAGAUAUCUAUCUUUAGGGGGUUAAGGAGAUAGUGACUGACUACUAGAUAUCUAUCUUGAGGGGGUUAAGGAGAUAGUGAGUGACUACUAGAUAUCUCUCUUUAGGGGGUUAAGGAGAUAGUGACUGACUACUAGAGCUCUCUCUUUAGGGGGUUAAGGAGAUAGUGACUGACUACUAGAUAUCUCUCUUUAGGGGGUUAUUUAAGGAGAUAGUGACUGACUACUAGAUAUCUAUCUUGAGGGGGUUAAGGAGAUAGUGACUGACUACUAGAUAUCUCUCUUUAGGGGGUUAAGGAGAUAGUGACUGACUACUAGAGCUCUCUCUUUAGGGGGUUAAGGAGAUAGUGACUGACUACUAGAUAUCUCUCUUUAGGGGGCUAUUUAAGGAGAUAGUGACUGACUACUAGAUAUCUCUCUUUAGGGGGCUAUUUAAGGAGAUAGUGACUGACUACUAGAUAUCUCUCUUUAGGGGGUUAAGGAGAUAGUGACUGACUACUAGAUAUCUCUCUUUAGGGGGUUAAGGAGAUAGUGACUGACUACUAGAUAUCUCUCUUUAGGGGGUUAAGGAGAUAGUGACUGACUACUAGAUAUCUCUCUUUAGGGGGUUAAGGAGAUAGUGACUGACUACUAGAGCUCUCUCUUUAGGGGGCUAUUUAAGGAGAUAGUGACUGACUACUAGAUAUCUCUCUUUAGGGGGCUAUUUAAGGAGAUAUUGACCAUAAGCGUUUUGCUACACUCGCAUUAACAUCUGCUAUCCAUGUGUGUGUGACCAAUAAAAUGUGAUUGAAAACACAAA